AUGUCGGGCGUCCAAAUGACGUCUCCCCGAUGCGGCGUCGACUUCUACCAGAGCGACUGGCUGUGGGGCGACGGCCACGCGCUCCUGCACUGCCGGCGGCGCCUCUGGCAGUGCGGCUUCGCCGUGCAGGAGCGCUCCGAGGAGCCCGGCGCGGACGACUCGGGGCCGCCCGCGCUGGUGGUGGAGGCCUUGCUGCCCGAGUUCCCCCUGGGCCCCGAGGCCGAGGCGCUGCUGGCCGACGAGUGGCGCGCCUCGCUGGUGGAGGAGCUCAUGGAGGCCGCGGGCUGCUCCGAGCUCGAGGUCGGGCCCUGGCUGCCAGACGCCGAGCCCGCGGAGGACGGGGCGGGGGGGCCGCGGCGGAGGAGCCGGGAGGUGCACGCGCGCGUGCAGUGCCCGCCGUCGGCGUUCUCCCCGACCUCGACGCGCCUUUCUCCUCUUCGUUCCUCCGUGCGCGUCUGCGUGUCCGUCGUGCGCGAGGGGGUGGACGACGUGCGCUCGAUCCGCUUCAGCUCCUGCUGGCAGCUGCACGACGUGCCGUACGGUGGCUGCUUCCGUGUCCACGACGCACACACCUUGGAGCCCGCCGAGGGUGGAGUGCGGUUUGCCAAGACGGUCCGCGUGGCGUUCCUGGAGCCGACGGCGCUCCGCAGCAUGAUCGAGCGCAGCACCGUCGAGCGCGCCAAGGCUCUCGGCCCGACCCUGGUCGAGAUCAUGAACCAGCGCGCCUCGGGGGGCCCCAGCACGCGCGUGGUGGAGGUGUGGGAGCUGCAGCGGCGCCGCACGCUCUUCCACGACACCUGGGAGGCCCCGUUCCUGCCCCACGACGGCCAGCUGCAGCUGCGGUGGGUGGGCGCGGACUACCAGCGGCACGCGUGGACCCCGGGCACCCUGGCGCAGGAGGAUUGCGCUGGCUCGUCGACGCCACCGCUGGUCGCGCCAGAGGGCUGGGCGGCGCUGGAUGCUGCGUGGAGCGUGGUCGAGUGCCCGGGCCAGGAGCCCGAGGGCUGGCAGUACGCGGUGGACUUCUACCGGGGCGGCGAUCUGUGGGGCUCGCAGCCGGCGCUGUGCCACUGCCGCCGCCGGCUGUGGCGGCGCGAGUUUGCGCUCCAGAGCAGGUAA